AUGAUGUCAAACAACCGGCCACAGCAAAGCGCCGGGGGGGCGAGUCCGGUGCCCAGCACGAGUAAUGUCAGCGGCAGCAGCAGCGCUGGAGGCACCGGGAGCACAAACGGUGGCGGUGGGACCAACGGUAGCAACGGUAACAACUCUGCAAAUGUUGUGCCCUCGCGGACCCCGACAGGGAGCGGCGAGGGGGCCCUGGCUGUGCCGACGUUGGCCGCCGUGCCGGCGUCGCGGGGCGGCUUCGCGUCUCUCAGCCGACCCACGGCGUCCUCGGGCAGCAGAAAGAAAUCCCUCCACCAAGCGCCCCUUUACAACGGCCUCCUGAACUCCUACGAGGAUAAAAGCAACGACUUUGUCUGUCCCAUUUGCUUCGAAAUGAUAGAAGAGGCCCACAUGACGAAGUGUGGACACAGUUUUUGUUUCAAGUGUAUCCGCCAGAGUCUGGAGGACAGCAACCGAUGUCCCAAGUGUAACUACAUUGUCGACAACGUGGAUCAGCUCUACCCCAACUUUCUCGUAAAUGAACUGAUCCUCAAACAGAAGCAACGGUCGGAGGAGAAAAGGCUCAAACUGGAUCAUCCUAAUGGGUCGAGGUGGCAGGUGUUCCAGGACGUGUUGAGUCCCGACCAGGAGAACUUGGACCUGGCUAAUGUCAAUCUGAUGCUGGAGCUCCUGGUCCAGAAGAAGAAGCAGCUGGAGGCGGAAUCUCAAGCAGCUCAGAGACAGAUCCUCAUGGAGUUCUUGAAAGAAGCCAGGAGAAACAAGAGAGAGCAACUGGAGCAACUGCAGAAAGAGCUCAGCUUCCUUGAAGAGGACAUUAAGCGCGUUGAGGAGAUGAGCGGGUUGUACAGUCCCAUGAUGGAGGCCGAGUGUACGGUGCCUAAUGUUGAGGCUCCCUCACCAGCACCCAGCUGCAGCAGUAUGAUGGAGACGACAGACUACAUCCAGCCUCCAGGUUUUGGCGGAGCAACUCCGCUCAAAAGACAGACCUGGUACAACAGCACGCUGGCGUCGAGGAGGAAGAGGCUCACUGCUCAUUUUGAGGAUCUGGAGCAGUGCUACUUCUCCAACAAAAUGUCCCGAAUCACAGAUGAAGGCAGGAACUUGAACCAGUUGGAUGAUUUUAUGGAGUGUCUGUCCAAGUUUACCCGCUACAACUCGGUGCGGCCACUCGCCACCCUCUCGUACGCCAGCGACCUCUACAACGGCUCCAGCAUCGUCUCCAGUAUUGAGUUUGACCGUGACUGCGACUACUUCGCCAUCGCUGGCGUGACUAAGAAGAUCAAGGUGUUUGAGUACGGCACGGUGAUCCAGGACGCGGUGGACAUCCACUACCCCGUGAAUGAAAUGACCUGCAAUUCCAAAAUCAGCUGUAUCAGCUGGAGCAGCUACCACAAGAACCUUCUGGCCAGCAGUGAUUACGAGGGUACUGUCAUCCUGUGGGACGGGUUCACCGGCCAGAGGUCCAAAGUCUACCAGGAGCAUGAAAAAAGGUGUUGGAGUGUCGACUUCAAUCUAAUGGACCCAAAGUUGUUGGCCUCCGGUUCUGAUGAUGCAAAAGUGAAGCUGUGGUCGACCAAUCUUGAUAACUCAGUGGCCAGCAUCGAGGCCAAAGCCAAUGUCUGCUGUGUGAAAUUCAGCCCGACCUCCAGGUACCAUCUGGCCUUUGGCUGUGCAGACCACUGUGUCCACUACUAUGAUCUCCGCAACACUAAGCAGCCCAUCAUGGUGUUCAAAGGCCACAGGAAGGCUGUGUCUUACGCCAAGUUUGUCAACGGAGAGGAGAUAGUUUCUGCUUCCACGGACAGUCAGCUGAAGCUGUGGAAUGUCAACAAACCUCACUGCUUGCGCUCCUUCAAGGGUCACAUCAAUGAGAAGAACUUUGUGGGCCUGGCCUCCAAUGGAGACUACGUUGCCUGUGGCAGUGAAAACAACUCCCUGUACUUGUACUACAAAGGGCUGUCCAAGACUUUAUUAACAUUCAAGUUCGACACGGUUAAGAGCGUCUUGGACAAAGACAAGAAGGAGGACGACACCAACGAGUUUGUCAGCGCAGUCUGCUGGAGAGCGCUGCCCGACGGAGAGUCAAAUGUCUUGAUUGCAGCAAACAGUCAAGGAACAAUCAAGGUUCUUGAGCUCGUCUGAAGGCCCGGCCACGUCUCAGUGUGUUUUAGAAACGUCCAUCAGCUUCGUUGUCUGAUGGAAGAUCAGUGCAAUGAAGGGAGGAACCUGAGCUGCCCACUCAACCCGGAUAGCUGUCUUAUUUUUAAUGAGCUGCAGCGAAACAGACUGGACCAGUUUAUCAGUACAGCGGGAGAAGAUGUGCUGCUGUUUCACAGCAAGAGAAACGAGACCAAGUUUGAGCACACAAUGGAACAAGAGACUUUGUUUUUUUACGGUAAAAUUAUAUCAGCUACGAUAGAAACGCCUCUUUAUGAAUUUAGGUCAAAUCAAAACUUGUAUCUUUUCUUUUUUUAUAUAUUUUUUUAAAUCAAGCUGUUGCUCUCAAGGAAACAUCCAUCCAAACGCUACCAGUGUGAUGUAUUUUUUUUGCUUUUUAAAGGCCGAAGCACAUGACAAAAUCCCACGCAAAAAUCAUGACUUGGAACCGCCCCUCCACGUACACACACACACACACUCAUUUUUGUCAUCCAAAUGCUUACCCUCUUUUCCUGUCGUUCUUUGUGUUUUUCAGAUUGGGAGAAACCAGUUUUAAUAAAUAAGACUUGAAUUUCAUUCUGUUGAGCGUAUCGUGGCUUCCUUUUCUGGCUUUAGUGUAGCAUGUCAGAUAGUGUACGGGACCACCAAUGGAUCAUGGACAGCAACUCUCAUGUAGCUUAAGGCAUUCAUCUGCAAUGGCACACCAAACUGUUAAAAAAUAACGACCUCACCAAUCAAGUUUUGUCUUUACAGCAGAAAUUAAAGUAGUCUCCACAUACUCAAGGUUAAAACGUCGACAUUUAGAAUUCAACAGGUGAUCGAUGUUGCCCACAUUGCCAUGGAGAGGAUUCUGGUAAACACCACCAAGACCUUCUUAUUUUAUGAUAAAUGAGUGAGGUGUUUUGUAUUUGUAUAACAAUAAAUUAUUUCUAAACA